UGUCAUCGGCAUCGAGGAGGAGGUUGGACAGUGGCUGGAAGACUGCGGUGUUAUAUCUCGACAUAAACCACGAAAAUGGCGAGUGUUUCGUACCAUAUCGCCAAUCUUCUGGAGAAGAUGACAAGCACAGACAAGGAUUAUAGGUUUAUGGCAACAAAUGACUUGAUGACAGAGCUUCAGAAAGACUCCAUCAAGCUGGAUGAUGAUUCAGAAAGAAAAGUGGUCAGGAUGUUGCUCAGAUUACUGGAAGACAAGAAUGGAGAGGUACAGAACCUCGCUGUCAAGUGUUUGGGUCCAUUAGUAAAUAAAGUGAAGGAGUUCCAUGUAUACUCUAUCGUGGAGUCGUUAUGUGACCACAUGGUGAGCGACCGGGAACAGCUGCGAGACAUGUCCUCCCUCGCCCUCAAGACGGUUAUCAAUGAGCUGCCAGCAUCAUCCACUGCACUGGUGGCCAACAUAUGCAAGAGAGUGACUGAUAGAUUAUCAGAGGCUAUCGUGAGACAAGAAGACGUCAGCGUCCAACUGGAGGCGCUAGACAUCUUGGGUGAUCUUUUAGCCCGGUUUGGCUCUCUCCUCAUCUCCUUCCAUCCCAAUAUAUUAGAUGCAUUACUGCCACAGCUGGCUUCACCACGUCUUGCUGUCAGAAAGCGUACUAUUGUAGCCCUCAGCCACUUAGUAGUGUCGUGUUCACCUCAGAUAUAUGCAAGGCUUAUGGACUUCCUGAUUGAAGAACUAGCCAAGAAUUCUUCCAUGUCCACAACUAGAACUUACAUACAGUGCAUUGCUGCAAUCAGUCGUCAAGCGGGUCACAGAUUUGGUGAAUACUUGGAGCGAGUGAUGCCUCUGAUUGUUCAGUACGUUGCUGUGGAUGAUGAUGAAUUAAGAGAAUACUGCAUAUCUGCCUGUGAAGCCUUCACACUGCGCUGCCCAAAGGAGAUCACCCACCAUUUACCCACUAUUGUAGAAAUGUGCCUCAAGUAUAUUACACAUGACCCCAACUAUAAUUAUGAUGACUAUGAAGAUGAUGAAGGACAGAUGGACAUGGAUGAAGAUGAUGAUGGUGAAGAAGAUGAUGAAUAUUCUGAUGAUGAUGACAUGUCUUGGAAGGUACGUCGCUCAUCAGCAAAAUGUCUGGAAGCUGUGAUCUCAACUAGACACGAAAUGUUGAUUGAAUUCUACAAGACAGUGUCCCCACAGCUUAUUACCAGGUUUAAAGAACGUGAAGAAAAUGUGAAGGUUGACAUAUUCCAUGCAUAUAUGGCUCUCCUGCGCCAGACCCGCCCCUCACUCAGCUUAAGCAUAGAUCCAGAUGCCAUGGAACAGGAGGAAGGCACAAUCUCUAUGUUAAAACAGCAAGUGCCUGCACUAGUAAAAUCAGUACACAGACAGAUGAAGGAGAAGAGUAUAAAGACUCGCCAGGGAUGUUUUGCACUGUUGACUGAACUAGUGCAAGUAUACCCAGGUGCUCUAACCCACCACAUCCCUGCACUGAUUCCUGGUAUUCAGUUUUCUCUUGGUGAUAAGAACAGUAGCAGCAACAUGAAGAUUGACACACUGGCAUUUGUCCACUGCCUCCUGAUCCACCACAGUGGGGAAGUGUUCCACCCUCACAUUGGUGAACUCCUCCCUCCGGUGGUGACAUGCGUAGCAGACCCAUUUUAUAAGAUCACAGCCGAGGCCUUACUUGUGCUACAGCAGAUUGUCAAGGUCAUCAGACCCCUUGACUUGGCGUCUUCCUUUGACUUUACUCCCUAUACGGGUGACCUUUAUCACUGUACACUGGCGAGAUUAAGGGCCGCUGAUCUUGACCAAGAAGUGAAGGAACGAGCCAUUGCUUGUAUGGGACAGAUCAUCUCACAUCUUGGUGAUCAUCUACAGGGAGAACUUGGGACUUGUUUGCCCAUUUUCUUGGACCGACUACGAAAUGAGAUCACUCGUCUUACUACUGUUAAGGCCCUCACUAAGGUGGCAGCUUCACCACUUAGAAUUGAUCUGCGACCCAUUCUGGGAGAUGCCCUGCCAGUAUUAGCUUCAUUCUUGCGUAAGAAUCAGAGAGCACUGAAGUUGGCGACUUUGACUCUCCUUGAUACUCUAGUGACCAACUAUUCCACAGCGCUCAGUCCUCAGAUGCUUGAUAAGGUCUUGGUUGAGCUGCCACCAUUAAUCAACGAAUCUGAUCUUCACAUCGCUCAACUGUGCCUCACCCUCCUCACCUCCACAGCUAAACUUCACAAAUCUUCCCUUGCUAACUUCCUGCAACUCAUUAUGCCUGAUGUUAUGGCUCUUGUCAGAUCUCCUCUACUACAAGGUGGAGCAUUGAAGGCUAUGCAAGAUCUGUUCGAGGCAGUAGUACGUGCUGGUCUCCCAGGUCUUGGCUAUCAGGACAUCCUCAACCAUCUCCUUGCACCUCUCGUCUCACCUCAGGCUGCUAACAUACACAAACAAGCAUAUCACUCAAUGGCCAAGUGUGUCGCAGCUCUAACUCUGACGCACCCUGGUGAAGCAGUUGGCGUGGUUGAUCGGUUCCUCAUGGAUGUGACAAAUCCACGCUCACCAACAGUCCAGUCAUUCUCCCUUCUUGCCAUUGGAGAAAUUGGAAAACACAUUGAUCUCAGCAGUAUCCCUCAACUAAAGGAUGCAGUGGUGGCUUCAUUCAGCUCUCCAUCGGAGGAAGUAAAAUCUGCUGCUUCAUAUGCCCUCGGUCACCUGAGUUGUGGGAACCUGCAGGAAUAUCUGCCUUUUGUCUUAUCAGAAAUAGAAGCUAACCCUAAAAGACAGUAUCUACUUUUACAUUCUUUAAAAGAGAUUAUCAGCCUACAGAGCAGGAGUGUGGAGGGUGUCAAAGUCCUCCAGGGUUUUGUGAGCGACAUAUGGACACAGCUCUUCCGACACACAGAAUGCAUUGAAGAGGGAACUCGUAAUGUUGUUGCGGAAUGUUUAGGGAAAUUAACGCUCAUUAAUCCUUCUGCUCUCCUACCUAAGCUGCAAGAAUCCCUAAAAACAGACUCGCCAAUGAUGAGAACCACAAUUGUCACCGCCAUUAAGUUUACUAUAUCAGAUCAGCCAACAGCAAUUGACAGCUUACUCCGACAUUGUAUUGGUGACUUCUUGUCAACGCUGCAGGAUCCAGAUCUCAAUGUUCGACGUGUAGCUCUCGUGGCAUUCAAUUCAGCAGCCCACAACAAACCGUCUCUUGUGCGUGAUCUUCUUGAUACCAUUCUUAUACAACUCUACAAUGAAACUAAAGUUAGAAAAGAACUUAUACGAGAAGUAGAAAUGGGUCCAUUUAAACACACUGUUGAUGAUGGCCUAGAUAUUCGUAAAGCAGCAUUUGAGUGCAUGUACACUCUUCUUGAAACUUGCUUAGAUCGUGUCGAUAUAUACGUCUUCUUGGAACACGUGGAGGGAGGUCUACGGGAUCACUAUGACAUCAAGAUGCUCACUUACCUGAUGCUCACCCGACUGGCUCACUUAUGUCCUCAGGCUGUGCUACAAAGACUUGAGAGACUAGUGGAGCCACUGCGCACAACUGUAACAACCAAGGUCAAAGCCAACUCAGUCAAACAGGAGUAUGAGAAGCAGGACGAACUUAAACGGUCUGCCAUGAGGGCAGUAGCGGCUCUCCUAACCAUCCCAGAUGCUGACAAGAACCCCCAGUUAUCAGAAUUUGUUGCUCAUAUCAAAUCUACCCCAGAACUCCAAUCUCUGUUUGAGUCGAUUCAGCGUGAUGCGUGCCCUACACACGAUGCUAUGAUGGAUUUGAGUUGAAUGACGCUAAAGCUUGCAUAAGGUGUUAUUGAUGGUGGAUCAAACUCCGUUGAAUUCAAAUAUGCAUACAGAGUUACUCAUACUGGAUUUGAACUUGAAUGGGAAACUGUAUGCAUGUUAUAAAAAUGGAUCCAAUUUGAGUGAAACAAUGUGCAUAUAUGCAGUAUGGUGUCCAUGGUCGAAAUGAUGUUAAUCUUGUGUUGUUUAUAGUGGAUCCAUGUUGAAUGAGGCAGAGUAAAGUUAUAUUAAUGAAUAUAGACGAAGCAAUUGUGCAGUAUGCUGCACAGUUUCUUCUAGUGAUAAAUUUACCUGGACUAAUUCAGGAAACAUUGUUUUGUUGAAAGUUGAAUAGAUUGAAAUGCUGCAGAAGUCCGAAUUUGUUGUUAAGGCCAUUUGGCAACUUCAGUAUUCACCACCUACUGUCUUCAUUUAUUUAAAAAUCUUCCCGGUGAAUCCUUAGUUCCGGCCUUGACAAAAAAUAAAGACUGAAUAAGUGAAACAGGAAAGUAGUAGCAAGAAUUAGUUAAAUUAUGUACAGUCUGACAGCUUCAGUACUGACAUGAAAUCCUCUCUGUGAAGUAUUUAUCUAUUGGGCCCUUCGGAGAUGAGCUUUCCUAGGUACCACCUUGGGUGCAGAUUUGCUGAUUGUACAGCAAAUAAGCUCUUCAAAAAGCACCAAGAAGCCUGUGAUGACCCCCAGCUUGCUGUGUGCUAGAAUGCAUCUGUAGCCUUUUUAUUAAUCCACGUUUUUUCCUACUUUAUCUUGGUUUAUAGCCGGAAUUCGAGAGAUUUUGUGGCAACGAUGGUUCUGAUUUACUCAUAAAAAUGCUCCAGAUCAAGAAAUUUGAUCAGGUAAAUUUUUUUUAAAGAUUAAAGGAAAAAAGUGAUGCCAUUGGCAUAUAUUGAGAUACUGGGCAUUACUUUUAAUAAAAAUGGUAUGUAAUUGGGGUAUGAUAGUGGCUACUUACUGUCAUGUACAGUGUGUUGUGCUUAUUGAUCUUAUCCCAAUUACUAUGGUCAAACUCUUGUAACAGUGUGGAAAAAUAUUUCUGGUGUUUUAUUCUAAUUAUUUAUCCUUCUCAAUUCAUUUUUUUUCCAAAGGUUGACAUCUUAAUCCUCAAAGUAUCUCAGACCUUAAUUUCCCAUCCAGUUUCUCUGUUUGAUGUUGGUAAUUGGUCUGUUUAUAUCUACAUUUAUUACUUGUAAUAUAGUAUGAACUUUC